AUGUCGAGUGAUUCCAGUCCAGCGGGCAACUCUAACCACGUCGCCGCCGCUGGUCCCAACGGUGAUGCAAACGCCGCCGACAACUCUCGUCGUCAGUCUGCAGUGAGCCUCCCCAAAGGUGCUGCCGCCAACGCCCGACCCGGCGCCGCCAUCAACUUUGGUUCGGUUCACGACCAAAACGCUAUGCUCUCCUCGUCUCCCGCUGCUCAACCUAGUUCUGGUCAGCACUUGCACGGAGAGAAACCUACCGUCUUUGGCUCGGUAGCUGCGAACGAUUCCAACUCCAAAAAGACCACCAUCGGCUUCGCUGGCGGAAAGUCGGACGCUCCUUCAGCAGCUUCCGGCAACGGCACCCCUGCCAAAUCCAUGGACUUUCAAAAGCUCUUCCAGGGCUCUGGCUCGCCUGCGCCAUCCCCGGCUACAGCAUCCACCGCAUCCACCUCGCCAUCUGCGUCGAGCGCGGCUGCUCCUUCCACGGCACCAUCCACUCCACAGCCGCAUGCUCCUUCGCAGAACCAGCAAGGCGGCGCUCGUCAUGCCUCUAGCAACUUGAGGCCGCCCUCAGGCACGCCUCACCACCCCGGCGCAAGGCCGUUCGAGCCUCAACGUUCGCCCUCAGCACACCAGGCUCAGGGUUCCAGAAUUGCAUCUCAGGGUCCCCCUCAUCAGCAGUUCCAUGGCCACCCUCAGGGCGGUCCCCAGCAGCCGCGUUCGCCUCACAUGGCCAACGCCGUUCCAAUGCAGGCUAUGCAGGCGAUGGGUGGUCCAUGGCAGCACCAGCAGCCCAUGGGCUACGCGCCGCCUCAGUACGGUUACCACCCCGGAUACGGCUACCAGCCCGUGCCCCAACACUGGCAGCAGCAGCAACAACAGCAGAACCAGCAGCAGCAGCAGUCCGGUUACGACAUGCCCGGCACGCCUCGCUCGCCACGCCACGCCAACAUGGGUUCGUCGCCCAUGGGUCCUAACGGUCUUCCCGGCACCCCCAACAUGGCUCCUUCGACGCCGCUGUCGGGCCGAGGCGCCAACGUGCCUCCUUCCCCCUCCACCGGUCACAGCAAUGUCAGCUCGCCUGCGCACCAGCCCAUGUCGCUCGCCCAGGGCGGUCGUACACCCAGCUUCAGUCCUGCUACCAGCUACGCUCAUCACUCGCCCUCGCACUCGUUCAGCAACCCCAUGAGCCCGGCUGCACGCCAAUUUGAGCCUCAGGUCAAGAGACAGAGCGCUGCCAUCCGUAUUGUCAACCCAGAGACACAAGCUGCCGUGGAUGUUCAGAGCAUCCAGAGGACCCCCUCGGUCUCGCAAAAGUCGACGCCCGUACCUGCCCCUGCUACUCCUGCUGCCGCCCCUGCCGUCAGUUCGCCGAGCGUCUCAAAGGCAGCUCCAACUGUUGUGCACCAGCCUGCCAAGAGCACUCCUGUUCGCAUGGAGACCCAGGAAGCUUUCCUUGCCCGUCUCAAAGCGGACGCAGACAAGAAGAAGGCAGAGCGAGACUCUAGCGCCAAGGACACGGACGCCGACAAAAAGCAGGCCGACGACAAGGACAAGGCCGAUGCUGAGGCCAAGAAGAAGGCCGACGAGGAAGCCGCUGCCAAGGCUGCCGCCGCCGCUAAGAAGGAAGCCGAAGACAAGGCCGCUGCCGAGCGCAAAGCAGCUGAGGAGGCGGAAGCUAAAACCAAGGCAGAGGCGGAGAAGAAGGAGCGCGAAGACAAGGAGAAGGCGGAGGCUGAGUCUAAGGCCAAGGCCGACGCCGAGGCACAGAAGAAGGCAGACGAGGCCAAGAAGGCGGAAGAUGACGCCGAGGCCAAGGCCGGCGCCGCUGCUGCCGCCACUGCUGCUGAAGCCAAGCCUGCCGCUGCUGAAGACAGCAAGCCCAAGAAGCUUGCUCCUAUCGACACCGAAAAGGCCUCGCAGCACCAGGAGGGCGACGGCAAGGACGCCGCCGGCAUGCGCAGCUCCGUCGCCGAUGUCGAGCGCAUGGCUCGCGAAGCUUCGUCUGUGCCCCCCUCCGCACAAGAUGCACCAAGGACCCCUGGCCUUCCCCAAACUCCUCGCACCCCUGGCACUCCCGGCUUUGCUGGUCUCCCUGCCAAGCCCCUCAGCACGCUCGGCACUCCCGCCAACGGCAUCAAGCUGGACAGCGAAGCUCUCGAAAAGAAGAAGAAGGUCACCGUCGAGCCCACGGGCGCUGCCGCAUCGCAGCAUGCUCCCAAGGCCGCCGAGAGCUCUUCGAGUGGCGCAUCGUCCUCGCUGACGUCCGCCAAAUUCAUCGACAACUUCAGCAAGGUCAGCUAUCCCGACAACAUCAACUCGCCCAAGUCCGAGCUCAACGAGUCGGCCGAGCCAGGCAAGUUCCGCUACGACCGAGACUUCUUGUUGCAGUUUAUGAAUGUCUACACCGAGAAGCCCGUCGACCUGCCGCCACUGGCUUCGAUCGGCAUGGAGAGCGGCGGCAUGGGCGCCAGCUCCCGUCUCAACCGACGCUCUUCAGCGAUGGGCCCUCCUGCUGCUCCCGGCCGAGCUCAAGGUCUUGGCAUCAGCAGCUCUUCCAGCUUCGGUGGCAAGGGUGGCAUCGGCUCUUUCAGCCACCCAGCCAAGACCAGCGAGGAGCGUUUCGCCGCUGCUUCCGGUGCGCGUGGCGGUGCUAUGGGCGCCUUCGGCGGUCCUAUGGGCUCUUUCAACGCUGGCGCACGAUCGCAACCACUCUCGCGAACCGGCAGCGGCAGCACUGCCUUGCCGUCUCGUGACAUGAUGGGCACCGGUAUUCCCAACGGUGGUCGCACGAAGAGCAACCGUGGUCGCCAGCGCGAUCCCAACUCGAGCCGUGGUCCUCAGGUCAACCCUCCCGAGAAGGGAGGUCCCACGAUCCCUCUCGAUCAGGUGGUUCCUCUCGCCAACUCGGAGAACCGAUGGAGCCGUGGCGCCACCGUCAAGGCCGACUCGCCCGAAUUGGUGCAGCGAAAGGUCAAGGCGCUGCUCAACAAGCUCACGCUCGAAAAGUUCGAUUCCAUUUCCAACCAAAUCCUCGAGUGGGCCAACAAGUCGGUCUCGGAGGACGAUGGCCGUACCUUGCGACAGGUCAUUCAGCUCAUUUUCGAAAAGGCGACCGACGAGGCUGCAUGGUCCGAGAUGUACGCUCGUCUCUGCCGAAAGCUCAUGGAGGAGGUCAGCCAAGAGGUCAAGGAUGAGAGCCUGCGCACCACCGACGGCAAGCCUGUUGUGGGUGGCUCGCUCUUCCGAAAGUACCUCCUCAACCGAUGUCAGGAGGACUUCGAGCGCGGCUGGGCCCAGCGCGAUACUGCCAUUGCUGCUGCCAAGUCCAAGGAGGCCGAGGACAAGGCCAAGAAGGACAGCAACGACAAGGCCGAGGCUGACGCCAAGGCCGCUGAGGAGCGUGGAGAGAAGCCCGCGGAGGAGCCAAAGGAAGCCGAGUUGCUCUCUGACGAGUACUACGAGGCCCAAAAGGCCAAGCGACGUGGUCUCGGUCUGGUCCGAUUCAUCGGCGAGCUGUUCAAGCUUAGCAUGUUGACAGAGCGUAUCAUGCACCUCUGCAUCAAGAAGCUGCUGGCCAACGCCACCGAUCCUGAAGAGGAGGAGAUCGAGUCGCUCUGCAAGCUCAUGACCACUGUCGGUAAGCUGCUCGACACCGAGAAGGCUCGAGGCCACAUGGAUGUCUACUUCCAGCGCAUGAAGGAGAUGUCCAAGAACGAGGCUGCCAUCAACUCGCGUAUGCGCUUCAUGCUCACGGACGUGAUCGAGCUGCGCGAGUCCAGGUGGGUCCCCCGACACGACAACUCUGCGCCCAAGACCAUCGCCCAGAUCCACGCCGACGCUGCCAAGCAGCAGGCGCAGAGGGACGCCGAGAACGCCAUGCGCGCACGAGGUGGCCCCAUCUCGCGCGGUGGUUCCAAGCGUGGCCAGGCCCGUGGCGAUGGCCCCGAUGGCUGGAGCACCGUCGGCGGUGGUCCCGCUCCGCCACCGCGUCCCAGCAAGGCCGGCGAUCUUUCGCACUUUGGCAAGAUCGAGCGUGGCACUUCAGGCCGACCGCUUUCGUUCGGUCCCUCGACCAUGCUGGGCAGGAAGGCCCCGGGCAAGGGCUCCGAAGAUGGCAGCCAGCCUCCUACCCGCACCAGCUCGCAGACCAACAUGUUCUCGCUGCUCAACCAGGCCGGCGAGGGCGAUGCCGCACCCAGCGAGGAGCCACAGCGACCCAAGCUCAACCUUGCUCCUCGUACCAAGCCCCUUCCUGGCGCUGACGAGGACGGUGAGGGCAAGGACGAGGCCGACGCUGAGGGUGAAGGCGAAGGUGAGGACGACAGCGCCAAGCCUGCCGAUGACAUGUCGGACGAGGAGGCGAAGCGCAAGAUCAACAACGACAUCAAGGAGUUCCUCGAGAUCAAGGACGUCAACGAGGGUGUGGAGGCGUUCAACACUUUGCCAGAGUCGCGACGAUCCCAGUUCGUCGAUGCGAUUGUCGGCAGCGCCAUCGAGAAGAAGAAGGACGACGUCGCCAACGUGGCCGCGCUCUUCGCCAAGCUCAGCGAAGAUGGUCACCUCGACGAGGACACCGCCUUCAAGGGUUUCGAGCCGCACAUGGAGUUCUUGGACGACGCUGCCAUCGACAUUCCCGCGAUCUACUCGUUUGUCGCCGAUUUGUUGGUGGGCGCCAAGCUGUCGCAGGACAAGAUCGAGGAGCUGGCCGGCAAGAUCGAGGGAGAAGGCCUCAAGACCCCCAAGGACAAGCUCCUUGAAAAGGUUGCCGCUGCUCAGGAAUGA